AUGGCUGGACAUCCCAUCACCGUGGAUUACAAAGGGCGAAUUGCCAUCAUCACUCUCAACCAGCCCGAGAAAUUGAACUCACUGAACCAAGAGCAGUUCUACCUAUUAGGGGAACUUUUGCGAGAAGUGGCAACACACGAAGAGGUUGUCAUCACGCUACUUAUUGGAACAGGACGGUUUUUCUCAUCGGGUGCGGAUAUGUCCGAUCUUAGUCGGUCGGAUAUUGUUUUCCACCAUCAUUCAUCUUCCUUGAACUUGACGCCGAAAAACGAAACCCCCAUCAAUUGGGCAGAUAUUUGCAAAAAUGCGAUUCCAUCCACUUAUACGCGACCGAUGUUUUUCAACGGCCACCUGCAAACGAUCCGGAUAUUGUUAGACAACCCAGAACUGCCGAUAUACUAUAAGCGAUGGAUGUUUCAACAAAGCAAUAAGCUCUUUGAAGGAGAAUUUGCAGUUGACUUUGCGAUAAGGUCGCUCCAAGAUUCCGAAGGUCAAUCUCCUCCCGAAAUUACCACAAUGUUUACAAAGAAAGAAUUCGAAAAUAUUGGAUCACUAGAUUCAAAGCCCAUGCUCGUUGUUCUACACGGCAUGAAUGGAGGAUCUGGAGAAGCAUAUUUGCGCCGCAGCCUCAUGCCUUUUAUAAACGGAGGCGAAGAGUGGGAAGCAUGUGUUGUUAAUUCAAGAGGAUGUGCGGGUUCCCAACUAGGUAAUGGCAUUCUAUACAAUGCAAGAUCUACUUGGGAUCUGAGACAGGUAGUCGAAUGGCUUCAGCAGAAGUUUCCAAACCGACCAUUAUUUGCUCUGGGAUUUUCCAUGGGCGCCAACAUGCUUGUUCAUUACCUUGCCGAAGAAGGGCAGAAGUGCCCUAUUCGAGCUGCAGCAAUAUGUUCCAAUCCCUGGAACUUGGAAGUAUUAUCGCACCACCUCCAAAGCUCUUUCUUCAUGCGAGAAGUCUACUCGCGAGGCCUGACAGCAUCACUAAAGAAAUUUUUAAAUACACAUGAACAAAAAAUUAUGACAAACCCAGACGUCGACAAGAAUGAAGUUGCGCGAAUUCAAUAUUUACACGAGUUUGAUCGAGCUAUUCAGAAACCUAUGUGGAAGUAUCCCACAGAAACCGUGUAUUAUCGUGAAGCAUCGUCGGUCAAUCCGUUGCUAUCUGUGCGGAUUCCUAUCUUUGCACUGAAUUCAGAAGACGAUCCUUUGAGCCCUCAAAUGGGGCUCCCUAUUGAAGAGGCUAAAGCAAACCCAUACGUGGUUCUUGUAGUGACUUCAUUCGGAGGCCACCUCGGCUGGUUUCAACAAGAUGGUAGCAGAUGGUUCAUUCAAGCGACCGGUCAAAGAACCAAUUACCCACAAUACUUCCCAAAUGAAACAUUCUGA